UCAAAUUAAAUCCCAGCUUUGGCGGCAUGUCGUAGUGGCAGAGUCGUAGAAGGGGUAAUCAUGGCUUCCAGGGCCUGCUACAAGCCCGUCACGCACAUCAUCUUCGACAGCGAUGGGACCGUCUUGGACACCGAAAACAUGUACUCGGAUGUGAUCAACGAGAUCGUGGCGCCGUUCGGCAAGAGCUACACGUACGAGAUGAAGCUGCGGUACAUGGGCAUGCCGGCCCUCCAGUCCGCCCGGCAGCUGGUCGAGGAGCUGCAGCUGCCGCUGACGCCGGUCGAGUACCUGAAGAUAUUCGACUCCGUGGUCUUCGGACGCAUCAACAAUGUCCAGCUGCUGCCGGGGGUCAAGGACCUGAUGCUGCACCUCCACGAUCACCGCAUUCCCAUGGCCAUAGCCACGAGCUCGGUGCAGGCCGCCUUCCACACCAAGUCGCAGCCGCACAGGGACCUGUUCCCCGCCCUGCACCACGUGGUCUGUGGCGAUGACCCGGAGCUAAGGCCGGGCCGGGGCAAGCCCCACCCGGACAUCUUCCUGCUGGCCGCCUCCCGCUUCCACCCGGCGCCGGACCCCGGCCAGUGUCUGGUCUUCGAGGACUCCCCCAACGGCCUGCAGGCGGGCAUCGCCGCCGGCAUGCAGGUGGUGAUGAUCCCCGAUCCCCGGGUGCCGGCGGAGCAGAGGACAGGCGCCACGCAGGUGCUCGACUCGAUGGCGGACUUCGAGCCGCAGCUUUUCGGCCUGCCCCACUACGACACCUGUUCAAAGUUCGAGUUCGGGUAGAGAGCACAAUCUAUCCGAUCCGAUUCCAUCCAUCAAAAUUCAAAGUUUGCUAGAAGAAAAAACAAAAAAAUAGAAUCUCAGAAUCUCUUAGAAUCGCA